AAAAAAAUUUCGUACGGUAAAAAAGAAAACAACGGCGGACAGAAGGAGACGUAAACAGCCGCGAAACGAAUGGAUAUUAGUUCCGAAUUAAGUUAAAUUUCGCAGAUUUCCCGGAUUUUGUGUUAAUUUAGUUUUCGUUAUUAGAUUCGCCGCCUUUUUUCGCCGUUUCGUUGUGUGUUUGCGUCUUAUUUAUGUUGUUUUUCGUGCGGCGCGUCGUCUCUCGCGCGAGUGUGUGUGUGUGUGUCAGUGUGCGUGUGUUUUGCGCGAGUAUGUGUAGUGGCCAGCGUACGUCAGUUUUGCUUUUAAUAAAUUAUUAGUAAAAAUUGAAAGAAGAAGAAAGAAAUACAAAGAAAAAGGUAUAAGCAAAGUAUAAAUAUAUUAUAAACCAAACGAUAAUCAACAAGUGCAAGUGCGAAAUAAAGCAAAGAAAGCCGAAAAGCCAAAAGUAAACAAAAUGUGCUGAAGAAGAAGCAGACGUGAGAAGUAGCAUCCAAAGAAAAGGAAAACGAAGUAAAUAGUGGUUUAAAAUCAAUUAAGCCACCGAAACAAAAGUGAAACCCUUGAAAAAGUGACACAAGAAAAGUGAAGUGCGAAACAAGGAAAAAAAGCAAAGGAAAAAUAUACAAAAAAGUCAAGAAAAGUGGGAAAACCCACGCACACCGGCGGCGUGUUAACCGCCAAUUAGUUGUUUGUCACGUGACAAUGAGGGAGUGAGCAACGGUGGCAACAACAUGUCGCUGAGGAGCAACAAGUUGCAAAGCCAACAGUCGACGGCCAGCAACAAUAGCAACAGUAGCAACAGCAGCAACAUCACACUGCAACAGCAGCAGCAACAGCUGCAACAUCCACCGAUGGCCUACCAGCAGCAGCAGCAACAAUUGCUGCAACAACUGCAGCAGCAGCACAAGUUCCAGGCCCAGGCACAGCUUACCCAAAGGGGCAACAUUGGGAAUACCAGUCGGAAUAAUUUGGCCACCUUGGUGGCAGCCAUCAAUGGACACGAUGGUGGUCAGAAUUCACCCGGAGGAGGAGCUGGAGCUGGUUAUCAACUGUCGCCGGCUGCUGCAAGUAGGGUGGCUCAUGCCCCACCACACUCGCCACUGGGUCCACCCUCAUACUCAGCGGCCACGGCUCAGUCGGCCUUUAGUUACUAUGGCCAACAUCAGCUCAAUCACAGCUACCAACAGCAGCAGCAACAGCAGCAGCAGCAGCAGCAGCAAUUACCACCUCCCGAUCUCACCGACGGCAUCGAUCAUCCAUCUGCCCAAUCGGCCACACCACCAGAUUCCCCCAAUGCCCAUGGUCAAUCCCAGUCGGGGAAUGGUCCAUCGGAGCUCGAGCAGCAGCUCUGUGUGGUGGCCAAGAUGCAAAAGUCGGUGACCAUCACCGUAACCCCACAGCGGAGCAACUCCAUGGAUUACCUCAACUUUGAGGAGAAACGUCAGCUCAUAGCCUCGUCCUUGUCACUGUCGGAUAUUUUGCACAGCAGCAACAACGCCCAGCAGCAGCAGCAGCAGCAACAUCAGGCGCUCAAGGACGGACUGGUCCUCAAUGGGGGGCAGUGCGCUAAGAAACAGAAUGGAGCUGCCAUACGCACAAAUAGCUUGGGAUCUGGAACCAGGACACCUCCCUUGGAGCGAAAAAGCAAACUCAGCGCCUUGGGUAGAUUCUUCAAGCCCUGGAAAUGGCGACGGAAAAAGAAGAGCGAAAAGUUUGAAGCGGCCUCCAAAUCUUUGGAGCGUAAAAUUUCUGUGCGUGCCAAUCGAGAUGAGUUAGUGCAAAAGGGGAUUCUAUUGCCAGAGAGUCCCCUGGGCAAUAUUCCAGAACCAGGCGAGGAGUCAUAUUACAGCAGUGGUGCCACCGCCAAUGGCUCCAUUCUCAGCUCAGCCGUCCACAAUAAUUCCAUGAGCCAGGCAAAUAAUUCCAUAAAUGCCACCACCUAUGGCACUGCCGGCCAAAAUCUUGGCCAGCAGCAGCAGCAGCAGCAGGGAAUGGCCAAUUCGAUCUCCGUGCAGCAGUUCAACGGCCAGAACCCACAGAAUUCCAUGGCCAAUGGCCUUGUGGGUUGCGGCCUGGUGGGUGGCGGCCAGGGGGAUGGCUCCUCGGACACAUCCUCGCUAAGCGGUGGCGUCCCCCAUUCGCAAUCGGCGCCACAGCAGCUGGGCGUUGGUCAGCCGCCGCCGCCGCUCACACCAUUGGCCCAGCAUCAUCAGGCGCUGGCUCAGCAGCUUCAGCAACGAUUUGCCAUCAGCAACAAUAAUGAACCAAGAAAAGACAAGACUGAUGCACAACAACAGCAGCAACAACACGGAGGCAAUGGCACAAUAUCCACGCCCAAUCUUGAGCAGCCCACCAUCCAGGGUUCCAUGUUGCCACCACCAGGUGGCGGCGGCGGCAGUGGGCACCAUCAGGUGGAUGGGAAAAUGGAGCGACCGAAUACCUUGUCGGGAGCCAACAAGCUGACCCGUCGUGGAGUCAACAUUUGCUAUCACAACGAGCACAUGUAUGGCGAAGAUGGUAAAAUGGUGGGCGGUCCGCCGGGCAGCACACCGCCUCCAUAUCCAGGUGGUAAACUGCCGCCGGGCGUUAUGCUCAGCGAGCUGCCAGAGCCACCGAUUCCACUGUCGGAGAUCGGACCGAUCCCACCGCCACCGAUGUUCUCCACGCCGAGCCCCACGCUCAUCGCUGGACGACCGCAUGGGCCAGGCGCCGUUAAUGAUCAGGAUUACCAGCAGGACUACGACUACGAUGAUCACGAUCCGGAUCAGGAUGAGCUCGACUCGGAUGAUGAGUACGCCCCAUAUGGUGGCAACCAUGUGCGCAUGAUGGAUACACAGCGCGUCGAGGAAAUUCCAGCCAAAGAGCCAAAACCAAAUGCAGUUCCUCUCAAAUCGGCGCUGAAGAAAAAGGGCGGCAUUCUGCCCGCUUCCGCUUCCACGCCGGUGACGCCCACGCAGGAGCAUGGCGCCGGAAGUGCGGCCACAGCGGCAGCCAUUUCCAAUAGUAAUGGUGGCAUCGGAUCCAUGGCGGCGGCCGCUGCAGCAGCGGCACAACAACAAUCGGCCAACCAGCGACCGCUGGUGGUGCGUCAGGAUGCGGCAGGCAACAACUAUUCGCUCAAGCCAAUACUACGACCACGGAUUAGACUAUGCAGGCAGCAAAUGUUCAACAUCCAAUUGCCGUGCACCGUGGAGAAUAAGGAGAACACACGACCCUUUGUGAUACGUGAGAGUAGCAGUGAUAGCGAUGAGAGCGAUGGUCAUAUUGUCUAUCGGGAUGAUGAUAACGAUAACACCCGACUGGCGAAGCUGGCGCGAAAGGAGUCGCUGUCCUUGAAGCUGCAAUUGCGACCCGAUAAGCAGGAUCUGAUCAAUAGGAAUAUCCUGCAUCAGGUCACCGACAACGAGCUCAAGGAGUCCAAGGAGGCAAUCGGAGCACGUCUCAUACGCAGGCUGUCCAUGCGACCCACGGCCGAGGAGCUGGUCGAGCGCAAUAUCUUGAAAACUCAAUCACCCGCCGAGGAGAAGAAGCAAAAGGAGGAGAAAAAGUCGUAUCUAUUGCGCAAACUCAGCUUUCGACCCACUGUAGAGGAGCUGAAGGAGAAGAAGAUCAUUCGAUUCAACGACUAUAUAGAGGUGACGCAGGCCCACGACUAUGAUCGCAGGGCGGACAAGCCGUGGACAAGACUGACGCCAAAGGACAAGGCCGCCAUUCGCAAGGAGCUGAACGAGUUCAAGUCCUCCGAAAUGGCCGUCCACGAGGGCAGUCGGCAUCUGACGAGAUUCCAUAGGCCAUGACGAUUGCAAUGGCAGCAACUUUCCAGCAAAUUACAACAGCAACCCAAGCAACAAUUGUAUUUUAUGCAGCAUCAAAUUGUCAACAAAUGUUUAAAAGCAAAAAAUUAAGCCAACAGCAAAAACUAAAAGAGAGAGAAAGAACAAUUUUCAACUCCAAAAGCAGGCAUAGAAAUUGCAAAAAUAAAACUAAAAUCUAAAAACAAAUAAAAAAACAAAAAACGAAAAAAAAAAUACACAAAAAAAUGGAAAAGCAAAAAGGAGACGAAGGAAACUUGAGGGAAGAGAGAAAAAAGAGAGAUAGAAAAGGCCACAUUCAAGAAAAUAAUUAAUAAUUUAUAUAGGUUUCUGUUGAUCAUUGCGAGAGUUUUUUAAUUUUAAGUCCUUUAUGUACCACUCUCUCCUUAUUUGUUAAUUAAUUGUGUGUAAAUAAAAAAUUCGUUCGAUAUAUCCAAGCCAA